AGGGAGAACAAAAAGAGCUUUACCCACUGUCUCCUGCCUAUUCUCAAGUUCUUCCGCUGCUUGAGCUGUUUGCCCUGGGCUUGGCUUUCCUGUGACCUCCCUGCACCAGGUAGAAACUGAAGACCAGCUACUGCAGACAAGUACCUCCCCACCUUAGGGCUGUCCUACCCCGAUUGGCUCCCAUUUCACAUUCUGCCUGUGUGGGCAAUUAUGAGCAAAGACAGAACGGUAGACAAUUGACAUCUAGAAACCACAAGGUCUUGUAAAAGAUCAGGUCUAUAUACCACCGAAGACACAACAAUGGCUUUAUCUCUGGAAGAAUUUGUCUACUCCCUUGACCUGAGGACCCUCCCCAGGGUCCUAGAAAUCCAGUCAGGCAUCUACUUUGAAGGGUCUGUUUAUGAGAUGUUUGGCAAUGAAUGCUGUCUGUCAACAGGAGAAGUGAUUAAAAUCACCGGUCUCAAAAUUAAGAAGAUGAUGGCUGAAAUUUGUGAGGGCGCUAUUGGAGGUUGUGAGUCUCAGAAGCCUUUUGAGCUGCCCAUGAAUUUUCCAGAUGUUCUACAUGAACAAAUGUGCUAUCUGUGAACAAAGAAACUUUUGUUUGAGCCUACUACUAUUGGUGACCAGUGCGAUUUUGAAAAUAAGACGAAAGAAGUUGUGUGUGCCUUUACUACCAUCUAAUUAGCAAGCUCUCCUUGUGUUCUAACUUGCUGAGGUCUCUUUAAGGUCAUGGCUGAUAAAACUCCAUACCUGUCAAUUGAAGAAAUCACAAGAACCGUUAAUAUUGGACCCAGCAGACUAGGUCAUCCUUGCUUUUAUCACCUGAAGGAUAUAAAACUAGAGAAUCUCAUUAUUAAGCAGGGUGAGCCAAUCCGGUUCAACUCAGUUGAAGAGAUUAAUGGAGAAACGCUGGUGAAUUGUGGUGUGGUAAGGAAUCAUCAGAGCCACUCAUUUACUUUGCCAUUGUCACAAGAAGGAGAAUUUUAUGAGUGUGAGGAUGAACAUAUCUAUACCCUAAAAGAAAUUGUUGAAUGGAAGAUUCCCAAGAACAGAACACGGACAGUGAAACUUACAGAUUUCUCGAAUAAGUGGGACUCAACCAAUCCAUUCCCAGAAGACUUUUAUGGUACACUGAUUCUCAAACCUGUUUAUGAAAUCCAAGGUGUGCUGAAAUUUCAAAAGGACAUAGUCCGGAUUCUCCCAAGUUUAGACGUUGAAGUCAAAGAUAUUACUGAUUCUUAUGAUGCUAACUGGUUUCUUCAGUUGCUGUCUACGGACGACCUUUUUGAAAUGACCAGCAAAGAGUUUCCUGUAGUAGCUGAAGUUGUCGAAAUAUCUCAAGGGAACCACCUGCCCCAAAGUAUUUUGCAGCGAGAGAAAACCAUUGUCAUCCACAAAAAGUACCAGGCUUCGAGGAUCUUAGCUUCAGAAAUUCGCAGCAAUUUCCCUAAAAGACACUUCUUGAUCCCUAUUAGCUACAAAGGCAAGUUCAAAAGAAGACCACGGGAGUUCCCCACGGCCUAUGACCUGCAGAUAGCUAAGAGCAGGAAAGAAACUCUCCACGUGGUGGCCACCAAAGCUUUCCAUACACUUCACAAGGAGCUGUCCCCUGUGUCUGUUGGAGACCAGUUUCUAGUGCAUCAUUCAGAGACCACAGAAGUUGUCUUUGAGGGGACAAGAAAAGUAAACGUUCUGACCUGUGAAAAAGUCCUCAAUAAGACCCGUGAAGAUGCACAGCUUCCUCUAUACAUGGAAGGAGGUUUUGUAGAGGUGAUUCAUGAUAAGAAACAGUAUCAGAUUUCCGAGCUCUGUACCCAGUUUUGCUGGCCCUUCAAUGUGAAGGUGGCUGUGAGAGAUCUCUCCAUUAAAGAUGACAUUUUGGCAGCUACCCCAGGACUUCAGUUAGAGGAGGACAUCACAGAUUCUUAUCUACUUAUCAGUGACUUUGCAAAUCCUGAGGAAUGUUGGGAAAUUCCCAUGAGCCGCUUGAAUAUGACUGUUCGACUAGUUAAUGGUAGCAGUUUGCCUGCAGAUGCAGGGCUACUUCAAGUCAGGAGUUUUGUAGAAGAGAUUACAGAAGAACAGUAUUACAUGAUGAGGAGGUACGAAAGUUCUCUAUCACAUCCCCCACCUCGCCCUCCCAAACAUCCCUCAGCUGAGGAAAUGAAGCUCACCUUGCUCAGCUUAGCAGAAGAGAGAACAAUAAAUCUGCCCAAGUCUCUCAAGAACUCUUCAAAACUGAAAAACAUCAAAAAUAACAAGACGUGAUGGAAGCCACUUGGGCAGUAAACAUAAAUGUUGCAAUGAAGAAGAAAGUCUAGCCUUCCAGCUGAAAAACAGCAAUUCCCCAAUGGACUCUGGCAGAAUCUGGACUGGCCACUGCAAAGACAAAAACAAGCUUAAAUGUUUUAUCAUAUAGAGCUCAAAGAGAGAACCAUGAUAUGGAAUUUAAAUUGUCUAUUUGGUUUCUUAAAACCCACAAGUGUGGUUUUCUUGUUGUUUAAGACAUAUUUAUUUAAUAUGCAUUUUUAUGUAGCUUGUUUUUGCUAUCAACAAUUGGCAAUUAGAAAUAAUUUUGUACUUCAAUUAUUCAGUAGAAUCCUAUUUUUGAAAGUCUAAACUCUCACUGAAUGUUCACCUUUAUUUCCAAGCAGUUUUCUUUCCAUUUUUCCAGGUUCAUCAUCAUUUCUGCUAAACUCAAUAAGGAAAAUGAAUUACAUCUGACAGUGACUUAAAAUGGCCAAGUAUCUUCUCUGAUUCCUUGGGAACAGUGAAAAUAAGUUUGACUUCACAUUUUCAAUUUGUUUUAUAAUACAAUGUAAAUAAAUGUCAACUCCCAACAACUGGCACCAUUAUGAGUCACAGAACCUUCUCUAACCUCCUCCCUCCACUUCUAAAAGGGAGAGUUGCUGACCAAAGAAUCACCCAGGUUCUGAAAAUUUGCCUUGUACUUUAUAUACUAUAUUCUUGAUCUUGCUUCUAAUGAAUGCUUAUUAGGAUUGUAGUAAACCAUUUAGUUAACCAUAAUAUUUGAUGAGAAGAAAGACACAAUAUAAUUGUAAUGAGCCUUAUAAAUAUAGUUGACAGAAGCCAAAGAGAUUAUUAAUGAAUAAAUAACAGAAUAGUACUUAUAGCUAUAUGCCUGUAAAAAUUAAAGGCAAACAUAUUUUAUAAGUUUUCUUAUUAUGUGUUAAAUAUACAGAAAUAACAUUACUUUUGUCUUUCAUAACGUGAAGAGACUGAGAAUUUUUCAAGGUAGGUUACAUAGAGAAUAGUGGGAAACCUUAGGUUUUUUUCAUAAGUCAGACUUUUACAAAACUUUACUCUGAUCUCAUAAUUAAUUUAUAAGUUGGAAAAACGUAUUUGAUGAUUUAGUACUGAAGAGUCUUUAAAGAUAGCAACCUAUGAGAUUAUUUUCAUCAUAUAAUCACAGCUAGUGAUCUUUUAUAUAAUGUUUAUAUCCUGAUUUCUUAUCCUUUUCUCUUUAAAUAACAACUAAUCUUUAUUUUAAUGCUUUAAAAAUUGCUCAGUGACAUAACUGUUACCAUAUUAUAUGUCAAUAACAAAAUUUUAGGAGAUGUAUUAUGUGUAAUUAGUAAAAUACAAGGUGAUUGUUUUUGAUAAUUUUUUAGUUUAGUUUACACACAUUUGAUUAGUAAAUGAGAAAGUUGAUGUCUCUGCAUUUUGGUUUUUAGACACCAUAGAGAAUCAUGACCCAACCACAUAUCCUAAGAAAGCUAUAUUAUGGAUAAUCUGGGACCAGUACAAUUUUCAGCUAAGAGUGAGCACUGAAUAUUUUUAGUUUGGUAUAUGAGCACAGUUGAAUUUGGACUUUUUGUAAGCCCAUGUCUUUGACUAGAAAAUGAGAAAAUGAAUUCUCUUCCUUUAGUUGUGAAUCAUCAAAAACUUUCUACCAUAUAUCAUGUCUACCAUUUCUAUCUUAAUGAAAUUCCCCUUGCAUAAUCUGCUUCUAGUUGUCUUGGAAUCAAAAAUAUAAUAAACUUUAUGACCUGUCCAAGAUCUUGAGAAGUUGGAACAAAAAUUUUCAUUGUUCAUAUAUAUGCAUCUCUGGCCAUGGUUAACUAUGAAAUAAGUUACUUUCUAUAACAAUUUAGCAAAAACAUAUUAUUUAACUAGAACUGAAACCAGUUUUCACCAUUGAGGAAGAUGAUUUUUUUUUAAAGCCAGGAAGAAAAAGAGUGUCCCCUACAUUCCUACCCACUGUGGGUUUGCAAUCAUGGGCCCAGUCAUAGCAACAAAAUUUCUCGGCACAGUCAUGAUGCAUAAAGAGGUGUCAAUAUGACCAGUUACUAAAUCUACUAAUUAAAAAGCUGACUUCCCUAAUAUUGAAUCAUUGAAGAAGUUUGAAGGAUGCUAUCUUAGAUAGGGUUACUACUACUUUAAUGAAACACCAUGGCAAACUGCAACUUGGGGGAGGAAAGGCCUUAUUUCACUCACUGUUCCAUAUAUCAGUUCACCAUCAAAAGCAGUGAGGGCAGAAACCUGAAGGCAGGAGCUAGUGAAGAGACCACAGAGGCUUGCUGCUUACUGGUUUACUCCUUAUGGUUUGCCCAAGGAUGCCCCUCCCCCCCCACACACACACAAUGAGCUGGGACCUUCCUCAUGAAGAGGGCAAAGUAUCAGGAUAGACUCCCUCUUGCUCUCUAAACUCCAUUUUAAGUUGCUUGUCCUCAGAGUGACAUGGCCUUCACCCUUGGCAUCUAGAAAAGUGACCACAAAGUAUUAUCAGGAGUUGAAAAUAGACAUAAAACCUUUGGCUAGCUCAUAAUAACAAGAUAGAUUGGUCACAAUAACAGGAUGAUUUCAGAAAACCUGAGUCAUUCCCAGGUCAAGAGCCCCUUAGAUGUACACUCUCUCCUUGUGGUUUGAACAGAUGAUUUGCACCAAUCAGUUUAAAGGUCAAUAUUUCUUUACUCAUUUACCCAAUCAUGUAACACCAAGGCUUGAAAGCUCCUGCUUGCAAUUUUUUGCCUAUAUAAAUCCUAAACUCCUAGACCUUUCUUAAUCUGUUGCAUCAGGAAGGUUUGUGUUCCGAGUCCAAAUCUGAAUAAAGACUUUCAUGUGCUUACAUUG